GCACUGGAGGACACAGAGGCACAUGAGUUUUUUCAGGUUACCCGUUUCAUGUACCACUGUCACGAUAUAGCAACCGUUUUAUAAAAAUAACUUUUAAUCAUAUUUGAUCCAAUCUCGCCUACUUAAGCUUUAAACCACCUGCAGGCCAUACUGUUACCGCUGCUUUUUAUAGCUGCUAUUGUUUAUUUGUAAACUGACUAGUGUUCAUACAGAUGCCUUAUUAACUCAUAUAUUUCAGGUAUGCAUUUAGUCUAUCUAUUCUAUCUUCCAAUUUUCCAACUUAAAUCAAUGCUGCAAAUGUGUGAAAUAGCUACAGUGCACUGGUGUUAUCACCUUAUUAUAACUAUUAUUAAAUAUACAAAACAAUCUGUUAAUAUGAUUAAUAAUGAAGUAUGUUUAAACAGCUAUUAAAAACGUUUUCACCAAUAACCUUGAGUGGCUUUUCUAUUUGACCCAACUUACCCCCCAACCAGCCAGCCCGAGCACCGCUCCUGUCUGGUGAGCAGUAGGCUACUGUACAUAUACAUGCCUGGACAUCACUAAUCCGCCUCAUUCCCAACUCCCAGCUGCUCUAUCUGCCUCAGAAACGCUGCUCACUUAAAGUUCACACGCCAUGACGAGGUUUACGAUAUGAGGAGCCUGCAGUCAGAGCUUGACACAGAGAAGGCGAAGUGAAGGAACAGCCCCAUCAGUGGCCAACCCCGUCCCUCGGCUUGAUGUACUGUGAGAGAGAAGUGAGGAGUGGACCAGAAAUACUAUAGCCGGUCGUCAUGGAGGACACUAAGCCCAAACCUGCUACCCCGGAGCCCAGCCGUGCAAACAGUCAACCACCCAGUCCGGCACCCAGCCCAUUACCCAGCCCGCUGCUGGACAUAAUCCCUUUGCCUGCAGCCAACCAUGUGGAGCACCUAAAUGUGAACCAGAUCCAGGUGGUGGUGCGGCGCUGCUCCAGUCCAAAUGUCACAGAGGAGACAACCUAUUUCAUUCCUCGAAACCCUGUGGUGGAUGCUGGCACUAACACAGACCCGCCAGUGGUCUGCUGCCCUUUGCUCCACAGAUAUUGCCCAUGUCCACCAAGAGGCCUUCUGGCCUCUCUCAUUACUAAACUCCUUCUGGCAGGUGUGCUCUUUGGAGUGGUGUGGUCCAUCACUGAAGAUGAGUGUCUUCCAGGGGGUAACCUGUUUGGCAUCACGAUCCUCUUCAUCUGCGCACUCCUCGGUGGCAAAGUGGUGGCUCUCAUCCAUCUGCCCAAACUCCCACCGUUCCCACCUCUCCUCGGUAUGCUGCUGAUGGGUUUCCUGCUGAGAAACAUCCCAGUUAUAACAGACGGGGUGUACAUUGACUUCAAAUGGUCUGCGUCACUGAGGAACAUCGCUCUCGCUGUCAUUCUGGCCAGAGCCGGUCUGGGGUUGGAUCCUACGGCUCUGAGGAAACUGAAAGGUGUGUGUAUCCGUGUGGCAUCUGGGCCCUGCAUUAUAGAGGCCUGCGCCACAGCUCUGAUCUCUCACUUCCUCAUGGGUCUGCCCUGGGUGUGGGGUUUCAUCCUUGGCUUUGUGCUGGGCGCUGUGUCUCCAGCGGUGGUGGUUCCCUCCAUGCUGGUGCUGUCGAAGGACGGUUACGGCGUGGAGCAGGGCAUCCCCACCCUGCUGAUGGCUGCAGGCAGCUUUGACGACAUUCUCGCCAUCACAGGGUUCACCACAUGCUUGGGCAUGGCCUUCGCCACAGGCUCCACUUGGUUCAACCUGCUGAGAGGUGUCCUGGAGGUGGGUGGUGGGAUGGUUGCUGGGAUUAUUCUUGGCUUCCUCAUCCAGUACUUUCCUAGUGUCGACCAGAAACACAUAGUAAUGAAGCGAUCCUUCUUGGUGCUGGGUCUGUCUGUCUUUGCCGUGUUCGGCAGCAAUGUGGCUGGGUUUCCUGGCUCUGGAGGCCUCUGCACCCUGGUGUUGGCAUUCCUGGCUGGCCUCGGCUGGGGGUCAGAAAAGGCACGUGUGGAGGAAGUGGUUGGGUGGGCGUGGGACGUGUUUCAGCCUCUGCUCUUCGGACUAAUAGGAGCAGAAAUUCGAAUCUCUGAGUUGGAGGGAGUCACAGUUGGUCUGGGGGUUGCCACUCUGCUCAUUGCCCUGCUGAUUCGAAUCUUGUUCACCUUCGUCUGCGUGUUGUGUGCGGGCUUUACCAUGAAGGAGAAAGUGUUCAUAGCCCUAGCGUGGAUGCCCAAAGCCACAGUGCAGGCAGCUAUAGGCUCCUCAGCUUUAGACAUGGCCAGGUUAAGGAACGACACGGAGCUGCAGAAGUACGGCAUGAAAGUGCUGACCGUGGCUGUGCUGGCCAUCCUUCUCACAGCCCCUGUAGGAGCUCUUCUCAUAGGGCUCGCCGGACCUCACCUGCUACAGAAACCAAAGAGCUCUGCCUGUGGUGAGAGAGUCAAACCCAGUUUAUCAGCCUUUCUUUUAGAUGCGUCCACUCAGACAAGAUUUGCAUAGUUGCACUCCAGCAGGAGGUGACGAUGACAAUGAAACUCCUGUGACCUACGAGAGCACACUCUGACAUCACUUGUCUUCAUCCAGUGUGCGAGGACAUUCAAAAAGACUUCCCGUGUGCUUUCACAUCUUGAAUAUUUGAGCUUUCCUUUAGCCACCGAGUGGCUUCUAUUUGUCUCUCAAUCUGUCGGUCAGCUCCUGAUGUUUGCCGUGCUGCAGGAACACGUGAAUCACUCUGUAUUUAUAGCCUCUGGUGGUUUCCAGGCCUCAGGCUCCAAACAAAUGACCCACAUCCCAGCAUCAUACUGUAUGACAGUAUACCAGAGGCAGUUGUCUCUGGUCCCAAAUUAAACCUCUAUUAGUGUGAGGUAUGAAUACGGUUUACAUUUUUGUGAAGGUGGAAAUUUUUUUUCCUUCCUAUCAUAUUACUAUUUGCCCAUUUUUAUGACCAUUUAACUCUUUCCUGUAUUUGGACUUAAACAGGUGGUAAUGAUGUUUUUUUAUUAGAGGCUAUUUAUUAAAUGAACUGACGACAGCAAUAUGUUGUUGUUUUGAAUUAGACCAAACAGUUGACACACAUUUAAGUCUUUAGGUGUUCUGCACUCAGUGCAAUAUUUAUGCAGAUAUGUGUGUUGUGUAUUUUUGGGUACGUUAUAAUUAAAUGUAUAUUAGCUGUGUCUUUGGCGAUGAAAAGAGUUUGUGUAAUUGUAUACUCAGGAGAACAUCUAAAUGAUCCAAAACACUUUCCUCUGGUUUAUAUUCACAAUGCUGCUACAAUCGCUAUGUCUGCUUUCAAUGCUCGACAAUGAUCAUGUCCAUAUUCAUAUUCAAUACAUUCACGUAAACCCAACCUUUGAACGUUUGAUUGUAAGGGAAAGUUGAUUUUUCAUAUUUGUUAUUUGAUUUUUUUUAUUAUUACAUAAGUAUGCAGUGUAACUUAAUGUUUUUGAAUUUAUUUACAUUGCCUCAUUGUGUGUUAUUAGCAACUAUUUAUGAUUAAGUGACAGAAUUGAGUGUUAGUUUUUUACCAAAUAUUCUUUAAACAAUAAAUGAUAAAAUAUA